AUGUCAAGUAGUGUCAAGUCAAGUAGUGUCAAUUCAAGUAGUGUCAAGUCAAGUAGUAUCAAGUCAAGUAGUGUCAAGUCAAGUAGUGUCAAGUCAAGUAGUGUCAAGUCAAGUAGUGUCAAGUCAAGUAGUGUCAAGUCAAGUAGUGUCAAGUCAACUAGUGUCGAAUCAAGUUGUAUCAAACCAAACUUCUGUACUACAAGUGUAAUUGCAAUGCCUAGUAGGGAUGGAAGCCGCGGUAGCCAUGAACAUGGUAGCCAUCGUCCAUCAGCUGAAUCUGAAGGAUCAAUGCAUGAUUACUACGAAUACAACUACGAGUGCGAAUACUACGAAUACGAAGAUGGAUCAUCAGGAAAUGUAAUAAAUUUAGAGAUGACUCAACAGUCGAGUGACGAACCUGAUUAUGAAAAUGAGACGGCAAUGAAAAUUGACGAAACAAUGGUUAAAUUGAGGCAAUCAACAAUUGAGCCAGAUGCGGAGUUGAUAAUGAUUAGUAGCAAGAGUGAUGAUGAUGUAAAGAGGAGGAAACGUCAAGUUGAAGAAAUCCCGCCAAAUGAGGUUCCUGAAGACAAUCCAAAUGAAAUGGAACCAACAAACAGUGAAUCUUUUACCCCAGCAAUAGAUGAGCAAACAGAUGAGGAACCGUCAGUAAACCUUGAAGUUGAAACAUCAAUAACAAAAAGUCCAACAACAACAUUCAUUGGUGGAAUUCCACUUAGUGUUAUUACAAGGCAGCCCAACAUGACAGCAACAACAACAACAACAGCAACUCAAUCGUCUUCAACAACAACGAGAACAACUGUCAAGGGAAAAGUCACAUAUUACACAAAAAAGCCUUUAAUUUUUCGAUCGGAAACCACAACAUCGUUUACUGUUGGACCACUGGUAAGACAACAAGCAACAGGUCUUACAUUCGCCAGUCAAAAAGCUAAAAUGGCAGCACCGACGACAAGAAAUAUGAAACUUGUUAGCACAACCAGGAAAGUCUUUAAUGUGAUGGCACCUGAAUUAAAAGACUCAAGUGUGAAGGCACCAGCAACUCAAGUCUUUAAUGUGACUGAACCACAAGACUCGAAUAUGAAGACACCCGCUACACAAGUCUUCAAUGUGAAGGCAGCUGAAUCACAAGACUUCAGUGUGAAGGCACCUACAAAUCAGGUCUUUUAUGUGAAGGCACCCGAAUAA